AUGAGCUCAAGAUCUACAGAGUCCGUCGACGGAUCCUCUUACGGCAGUCAAGCCUUCACGAGCCGAAAUGCCGACAAGCAGACCUAUCUUCAACAACAGACCUACCUUCAACAACAGCGGCUCAACGAGUUCGUUGCUGAGCCUUGGCAUAAAGGCAAUCGUCUAGUCCCCCUGCCUUAUAAAACCGUCGUUACGGAAGCGCCGAGUCUGCCACAGGGUCCGUUGAGGCUGUCACACAGUCCGUCACUCGCUGGGCAGCCUCAAGAUCUAAGAGGCGUAGGAGAUGCUGCUCUCAUACACAUGCACCCGAGCGCGAGUAGGGAUAUGGGCCGGAGAAGCAAGGGCCGGGAAUUGCUGUCAGCUACCGUUACUGCGGCGGUAAACAAAAAGAAAUGGGAGAGGAAACAUGCAAAUAGACGAGCGUCUAUUGCGCUUGACAUCUUGGUUGCCGUCCGGAAACGCACGCCACCGGGACGGGAGAUGGCGAACGUGGGGAAGCAGCAUGAAGCUUCCAUGUCUUCAGCAGCCGCCCCGGCAAAUGGUGCCCAGACACCGCCAAAGUCACCCACGCAAAAGUCGCCGGCACGAUCUCCGACCCGGCCUGCUCCAAAUGCCGACACAGAGGAGACGCCCUUGCUCGCCGCGGCGCGCGAGGAGGGACGAGAUGAGCACGAGGAGGCUGCAUUGCUCGAGCCGUCUCAGGACAAGUCCAAACGCACCAAGAGCUGGUGGUUCUGGCGGAUACUGUGGACUGUCCUCGCUGCACUGGUGCUUGCCGUCUUCAUCAAGGGUUGGAUAGAUGCCAAGGAUGUAGAUUUCGAUCUCAAAGGAGCACUUAAGCGGGCCCUCGGAGGCGGGUUGAGUGGUGCUGCAGCAAUGGUACUCCAGGUCAUACUGCUGAUGUGGAUUCGAACCAUCAUGAACUACCAGUAUCGUCAUGGUUCCUCUCUCACCACAGCGACCAAGACGCUAUAUGCUGAAGGCGGCAUCCCUCGUUUCUACCAGGGUGCCGGAUGGGCUCUCAUCCAGGGUCCAGUCUCCAGAUUCGGGGACACAGCGGCCAACGCCGGCAUCCUAGCUCUGCUUCAGUCAAAUGGAUACUUGAGCCAGCUGCCCAGCCUCAUCCAAACCAUCUUUGCGUCUUUCUGCGCUGCUGCAUUCCGCAUGAUCUUGACUCCUAUCGACACCUUCAAGACUACGAUGCAGGCCCAGGGUUCUCGAGGCACUGCCUUGCUCCGGAAGCGUGUCAAGGAGAACGGCGUAGGGAGCUUGUGGUGGGGUGCUUUCGCAACGGCUGCUGCCACAUUUGUGGGCCACUACCCCUGGUUCGCAACGUACAACUUCCUGUCGGAAAACAUCGAAGAGCCUCCCAAGCACCCUCUUAUCGUGUGGCUGGCCCGCCUGGCUUUCAUCGGCUUCUGCGCCUCGGUUAUUUCUGACUCAGUGUCCAACUCUCUUAGAGUCAUCAAGACCUACCGCCAGGUCAACGACACCCAAGUCUCCUAUACCGAGGCCGCUCGGCUAGUCAUUCUUCAGGACGGCAUCUUGGGUCUGUUCGGCCGCGGCCUAAAGACACGCAUCAUCGCGAAUGGUCUCCAGGGCAUUCUGUUCUCCAUCCUCUGGAAGCUCUUCCUGGACCUGUGA